AGGUGGUACCCGUGCAACAAAUGCAUUGAGAUGAUAAACCCUUCUGAAUCCCAGAGUUCAUAGCUCGGUGCCUCCAUUCCCGCCCUCUCAUUCGCACCAGCCUCCUCUCCAGGGCUGCCUCUCUCUCAAGCCAUGUCCUCUCAACCAUUUAAACCACUUCCACUCUCCUCCAUUCUCACCCAAAACUUAACCCACCCAUUGCUAUUAAACCUUUCUCCAUCUCUCAACCAACUGAAUUUCUUCACCUCUCAAAGGAGACUCUCUCACAGGAGGAUCCAUCUCCGUGCUUCUGCUUCCAACGAAAAUGGUAAAAAUGACAACCCACUAAGAAAUUUUUCUUGGGAGAAAAUAAGCCAGGGCGUUUCUCGAGGCUCCAAGCGCUUGUUCUCGAAUUUCGGCAAGCAGCUCAAAGAAGAAACUGGUUUCGAUGUGGAGGCGGCUAACUCUAGGGUAAAUGGGUUUAUGGAGAGAUUUUCGAAAGCUAAAGAGCGAGGGAAUGUGGUACUCGAGAGGUUGAGGGUGGAGUGGUUUCCACAGUUUAUUGAGUGGAAUAAAUGGGAUAAUUGGAAGGACCUCAAAAAUUGGGAACCUGCCCGAAUUGGUGCUUUAUUGUUGUAUACUUUUCUACUGGCGGUCACUUCUCAUGGGAUUUUUAUGGCUGUCACGGUUCCACGGCUGGAUCGUGGGGCCAAACAGAAGUUGACUGAUGCAUAUAUGGAGGCGUUGAUUCCUGAACCAUCACCAAUUAAUGUGAGGAAAUUCAAAAAGGGUAUGUGGAGGAAGACAAUGCCAAAGGGCCUUCGAAUGAAAAAAUUCAUUGAGGGCCCUGAUGGGAUACUUAUUCAUGAUAACUCGUAUGUGGGGGAGGAUGCUUGGGAAGAAGAUCCAGCUCCCAGUCAGGAAGAUGUGGCAAAAAUGAUUGACCAAGAAACAAGUUUGGACCCAGAACAAAGAAAGGAAUUAAAGGAAGAGUUAGGCAUUAGAGGAACAGAGCAAGAAAAUAGUGGAACAUGGCAGGAGAGGCUUCACAAGUGGAAAGAAAUUCUGAAAGCUGAUGAGCUGGUUGAAGAACUUGAUUCAUCAAAUGCGAGAUAUGUUGUUGAUUUUGAUAUGCAAGAAGUUCGUAAGAGUCUCCAACAAGAAGUGGCCAAUAGAGUAUCGGACACAGCAGGCACUAGGGGUUUAUGGAUUUCUAAAAGAUGGUGGCGUUAUCGUCCAAAAUUUCCAUACAUGUAUUUCCUUCAAAAACUGGAUUCCUCUGAGGUUGCAGCUGUUGUCUUUUCAGAGGACCUUAAAAAGAUCUACGUGACAAUGAAGGAGGGAUUUCCAUUAGAGUAUGUUGUUGAUAUUCCUCUUGAUCCAUACUUGUUUGAGUUCAUCAUAUCUUCUGGGGCUGAGGUGGAUAUGGUUCAGAGAACUCAACUUCACUACCUUCUUCGAGUGGUGAUUGCAUUAGCUCCAGGGUUGCUACUUUUAUGGCUAAUAAGAGAAUCCAUGAUGCUUUUGCAUAUCACAUCUCAACGAUUUCUGCAUAAGAAAUAUCUGCAACUAUUUGAUAUGGCAUAUGCGGAAAAUUUCAUCAUGCCUGUGAAUAGUACUACUGAAACAAGAUCCAUGUAUAAGGAAGUCAUAUUAGGUGGUGAUGUAUGGGAUCUUCUUGACGAGUUGAUGAUCUACAUGGGAAAUCCUAUGCCGUACUUUGACAAAGAAGUGAAGUUUGUUCGAGGAGUUCUUCUCUCUGGACCCCCUGGGACGGGUAAAACUCUCUUCGCACGAACAUUGGCAAAGGAAAGUGGAUUGCCCUUUGUUUUUGCAUCUGGUGCAGAGUUCACUGACAGUGAAAAAAGUGGUGCUGCAAGAAUUAAUGAGAUCUUCUCUAUAGCUAGGAGAAACGCUCCUUGUUUUGUUUUUAUUGAUGAAAUUGAUGCCAUUGCUGGUCGUCAUGCAAGAAAGGAUCCAAGAAGAGGAGCUACCUUUGAAGCUCUAAUGUCCCAACUUGAUGGAGAGAAGGAAAAAACUGGCGUGGAUCGUUUCUCACUUCGUCAAGCAGUAAUUUUUAUCUGUGCAACUAAUCGACCAGAUGAACUUGAUCUGGACUUUGUUCGUCCCGGUCGCAUUGAUCGUCGACUACACAUAGGCUUACCUGAUGCAAAUCAAAGGGUGCAAAUUUUUGGUGUGCACAGUGCCGGGAAAGAGCUCGCUGAUGAUGUGGACUUUAAGAAGCUUGUCUUCCGGACUGUAGGUUAUUCAGGAGCAGAUAUCCGGAACCUUGUCAAUGAAGCCGGGAUAAUGUCGGUAAGGAAAGGGCAUUCACAGAUAUACCAGCAGGAUAUCAUUGAUGUGCUAGAUAAGCAAUUGCUUGAGGGUAUGGGUGUAUUGCUUACAGAGGAAGAGCAACAGAAGUCUGAAGCGAGUGUAUCUGUUGAGAAAAAGAGACUUCUGGCUGUACAUGAAGCUGGUCAUAUAUUGUUAGCCCAUCUAUUUCCAAGAUAUGAUUGGCAUGCCUUCUCUCAGUUGCUUCCUGGUGGUAAGGAAACUGCGCUUUCUGUCUUUUACCCGAGGGAAGAUAUGAUAGACCAAGGAUAUACAACCUUUGGGUACAUGAAAAUGCAAAUGGUUGUGGCUCAUGGUGGGCGAUGUGCUGAGCUUGUGGUGUUUGGGGAUGGGGUUACUGAUGGUGGAAGAGAUGAUCUUGAAAAAAUAUCAAAAAUUGGUAGAGAGAUGGUUAUUAGUCCCAGAAAUGCCAGGUUGGGCCUUACUGCUUUGAUAAAAAGGUAUGGAGUGACAGAGUCACCGGACAGUCCAGAUGGUGAACUAAUAAAGUAUAAGUGGGAGGAUCCUCAUGUCAUUCCUGUGGAUAUGACUCCUGAAUUGUCAGAGCUCUUCACACGAGAACUGACUCGGUAUAUUGAAGAGACAGAAGAGUAUGCAAUGGAUGGUUUGAUGCGCAACAGACAUAUUCUAGAUCGGAUUGUUGAUGUAUUGUUGGAACGAUCAAGGUUGACAGGAUUGGAAGUGCAAGAAAUAGUGAGACAAAUGAAUCCCUCGAUGUUUGAUGAUUUUGUGGAACCAUUCCAGAUUAAUCUGGAUGAGGAGGGACCUAUGCCAGUCAACAAUAAAUUACGUUAUCGUCCACUUGAUGUAUACCCUGCACCCCUUCACAGAUGUUAAAGAGUUAUUUGUUUGAUGGGAGUGGUACAGUUCUGAGCCACCUGGGAAGAUUUGGCCAUUGAUUUGUAUGUGUGAUGCACUGCAAAGAAAGCUUCUUUUGGGGUUAAGAAGCAAGCAAUGCCACCUAUGCUUGUGAUCUUCCAAGUUUUGACCCCAUUUUGAUCUGUAUCCAACAAGUAAUGCAAAAUCAAAGUGGAAAACUUCCAGGGGAACCUGGGAUAAAUCUGAGCAAUCCAGUUUCUUCAGGUUGGUUGUUUUGGCAGAUCACUUGCCUGCAAUAUGUCUGGGUACAAAAUAUCUGUCCCUUUGUAAUUUUUCUUCUAUUUCUGUCCUGGAGUAUCUAUUUUACAUAAUGCCAACAAGGAAUAAAUGUUACAUUGUAUUAUCAAAAUUCACUAGGGUGGCUUAAAGAUGUUUAUGUUUACAGAUGUUCAUU